AUGCCUGAAGAACCAAUGCUACCUCUUCCUGGCAGUCCAUCCUCUUCCUGGGCUCGUUUCCGCGCACAAUUCGCAACCCUAUUUCACGGCGCUGACCCCAAGGUCUGCGUUGCAUUUUGGCUAUUUGGUCUUAUCAACAACGUGCUCUAUGUCAUCAUUCUAUCCGCAGCGCUCGACCUAGUCGGCCCCAGCGUUCCCAAAGGCGUCGUUCUCCUAGCCGAUGUCUUACCCUCCUUUGGAACCAAACUAGUCGCUCCCUACUUCAUCCAUGCAGUCCCUUAUUCCGCGCGAAUUGUGAUAUGUGUCGUUCUCUCGGCCUUGGGCAUGCUCGUAGUAGCGCUAAGCCCAGCAUACGUUGAUGGUGGCACAAUCGCCUCGAAAAUCGCGGGUAUUGUCCUGGCCAGCUUAUCGAGCGGUCUCGGGGAAUUGAGCUUCGUCGGAUUGACACAUUUCUAUGGCCGGUUUAGUCUGGCAGCUUGGGGGAGUGGAACAGGAGCCGCUGGGUUGGUCGGCGCUGGCGCAUAUGCGCUGGCGACAACAUCUCUGGGGCUCAAGGUGAAAACGACCUUGUUGACCUCCGCGUUUCUACCAGCUUUUCUUGCCAUCAGCUUCUUCUUAAUCCUACCUCGUUCGCCCAUACAAUCUGGCUACCGUGGACUCGGCGAUAAUGAUGGUCAUGCGGAUGAAAAUUCACACGGCGAUGACGGUGAUGAAGAGAGAGAAGGUCUGCUAGGAUCAUCUAUGCAUUCCUCCCGGAGCCUCAAAACCACGCCUGCAAGCGGACUUGGCUGGCAUAGCGUGAAAGCGAAUUUCCAACGAGCCCGCGGACUAUUCUUCCCUUUUAUGCUUCCCUUACUCUUAGUAUACAUUGCCGAGUAUACAAUCAACCAGGGGGUGUCGCCAACGCUGCUAUUUCCGCUCAAAGAGACUCCGUUCGAUCAUUUCCGGGCUUUCUACCCAGCCUACAAUGCGAUAUAUCAGGUCGGCGUCUUCAUCUCUCGGUCCUCUACUCCUUUCUUCCGCAUACAUGAUCUUUACCUGCCGUCGUUCCUUCAGAUCAUCAACCUGGUAGUGCUGACACUGCAUUCCUUGUUCGAUUUCAUCCCAAAUGUGUACCUCAUCUUUAUCAUUAUAUUCUGGGAAGGUCUUCUCGGCGGCCUGGUGUAUGUCAACACAUUCGCCGAGAUUGGCGACCGUGUACCUCGCGAGGACCGCGAGUUCUCUCUUGGAGCUACCACGGUCAGCGACUCAGGUGGCAUCUGCAUUGCAGGCUUCCUUGGAAUGGUUUUUGAAGUCUGGCUUUGCGAUUGGCAGGUCUCUCGCGGACGGGACUUUUGCCGACGUACAUGA